UUGCCAGAUGACUCGGUGCCCGCUGUUGAGCUUAAAGCCCCGAUGCCCGCAGUCUUGCCAGAUGACUCGGUGCCCGCAGUCUUGCAAGAUGGCUCGGUGCCCGCAGUCUUGCAAGAUGGCUCGGUGCCCGCAGUCUUGCCAGAUGACUCGGCGCCUGCAGUCUUGCCAGAUGACUCGGCGCCCGCAGUCUUGCCAGAUGACUCGGCGCCCGCAGUCUUGCCAGAUGACUCGGCGCCCGCAGUCUUGCCAGAUGACUCGGCGCCCGCUGUCUUGCCAGAUGACUCGGCGCCCGCUGUCUUGCCAG